AUGUCUGACUUACAAGUACAGGGACGGAAAGUCUUUAAGGUCUUCAAUCAGGACUUCAUUGUUGAUGACCGUUAUACUGUCACCAAGGAGCUGGGUCAAGGUGCUUAUGGCAUUGUUUGCGCCGCUACGAAUGUCCAGACGGGGGAGGGCGUUGCCAUCAAAAAGGUAACCAACGUCUUCAGCAAGAAGAUUUUGGCCAAGCGCGCCCUUAGGGAGAUCAAGCUGCUCCAACACUUCAGAGGCCACCGCAAUGUAUGUCGUAUCAGCGCCUUUUGCAUACGGGACAAAUGA